CGUUCCACCUGAAUUACAAAAUCUGCCCGGACACAAUUGUGCUGCACAACUAGGAAGUCGCAAUGAAGAUGACAAACGAAAUUAGUCCAGAAACCUCCAUGGAUGAUGUUAAAAACCUUAUUAAAAAGAAAGAUGACAUCGAAGAGCAGAUUAAAGCGUACUACGAUGUCCUGGAAGACCAAGGGGUCGGACUUGAUGGUCCCUUGGUGGACGCAGAAGGCUACCCGAGAGCCGACGUCAACUUGUACCAAAUAAGAACCGCCAGACACAACAUUUCAUGCCUGCAGAACGACCACAAGGCCAUCAUGGCGGAGAUCGAGGAUGCCUUGCACAAGCUGCAUGCUCGGGAGAAAGCCAAGCGCCUGCACGACCGGACGGAAGCUUUCGAAGAGGCCAUGGAACAGCAGGACACGCUCCCGGCCGCUUUUGCGCGGGUGGAUGCAGUCACGCAGGGUUCUCCCGCCUCCGCAGCUGGCCUCAAAGUGGGAGAUGAAGUCAUUGAGUUUGGUUCAGUGAAUACUGGCAACUUCCAGAACCUCCACAACAUUGCCUCUGUUGUGCAGCACAGUGAAGGGAAGCCGCUGCGAGUGACAGUGGUACGCGGGGGUCAGAGAACCCACAUGAGCUUGACUCCGCAGCGGUGGUCUGGCCAGGGUCUGAUGGGGUGUAAGAUCGUCCCCAUGCCUCCACGUUGAGCCUCAUGAUCUUCAUGUGAAUAAAGACCUUUUCAAAUUCA